AUGGGUGUUGACCCUCUGUCCCCAAUUGCGCCCGUGCGCCUCAGGGCGCUCCUCCUUCCCAUCGGCAAGAUCAAGCGCUCGCGCUUUUUGAGCUUCGCUGCCCGACUACAAGCUGAAAAUGUAGUUCGACUAGGGGAUAUAAGUCCCGAUGUGCGACCGAACAGAAACAUGUUCUCGCCGCUGGCAUUUCCUACUGGGUUGAUUCUUUAUGACCUUUCUUUCUCGGUCCCCCCAACCUCUCACCUCGAGCUAUUUCCCUUUGAACUAUACAGGGAACCAUUGGUGAUUAUUGCAAUCGCAGAUGGGUCUGAACUACCCGAAAGCACUGGCGACGAGCAGAAGCACCCCACUCCCGAGGGGCUGGAUCAAUUAUUGGAAGAGCUCAAUGAGGUGAGGGAUAGGAACCCGCGCGCAUUGGUAAACCAACUCCUGGUUUUUGAUCACCAUGGCUUGGAUAAGAUCACGAAUGGACCGGACAAUGUUCUUUGGGUCCCUCCGCCCCAGGUCUCCAAGGCCACGACAAUGAAAACAGUUCUAUGCGAUAUUACAUCUGUGUUACUCUCCGAAUUGGAUGGAUUUGCAAAGACCAUCCAAACCAUACCGUCAAUCGAGUCUCCUAAAGCAUCUUCAUGGGGCCCGCACCGGAACCCAGAACUACGGCCACGGCCCGUAGACCGACUUUUAAAUCGUAUGACUCUGCCCGCACAGCUACCAUCGAUUCCAUACGAUACAAGGUAUGGUGCCCCAUUGAGCUCGAACGCCGGCUCCCCAGGCCCCAGCGAUUAUGAGACUCCUACAACCUUUGACGAGAUCACUCGGGCAAUUCACUUAUCCAGUCGUACGAACUCGCGCAGCAGAGCACCUUCAACAACAUCUACGAAGGAGCAUAGCCGCGAUCGGAUGUCUGUCAGUGCCAUGACUGCUACUGACAGAACUAAAAACCGGAUCAAGGGUCGUGCCGGGGUGAUCAUUGGAACUCUUUUCCUGCAGGCGGGAAGGUGGCCCGAUGCUCUCAAGGAAUUGACCGAAGCAGUGAAUAAUGCCCGAGCAAGCAGCGACUACAUCUGGCACGCUAAAGCGCUGGAAACAAUUCUUCUUUGCUUGUUGAUGUUUGGGUGGGCAGGCAUGGACUUUCAGAUUCCAUCAGCAUUGUAUCCUGUUGCGGAUAAGUCUUCCAAACCUUCCCGCGACUCAACGACCCCUAGUAGCGCUGGGAAUAGGAUUAUCUCUCUAUGCAACUUGGCCAAUCUCCUGCCAGAUCUUUCAAACAACAUCCUAAAUCUUUAUACCCGCGCCGCCAAUAUUACAGAUGAGCCUCUUCCGCAGCUGGUUUUCUCGGAGACAGUCAUUCGAUUAGCGCGACUGAUGGUUUCAGCUCGCGUUCGCGAUGGAGCUUUGGAUGACAAUGCUUUGAAACACAUCGUGAUGAAUGAACACUUGGUUCCAUUGGUACAGCUGGAGCUUCCUCGGGGGACUGUUUUGCUCCGAAAAUCCGAAAUAGCUAAUUUCUUAUACCGGGCUCUGCCUCUUUCCCCUGGUGCGGACCUACCUGCAACGGAUGCUGUUCCCAUCAUCGUGGGUGUUGCUGCUGUUCUUGACAUUCUGGAUCUGCCUAGAAAGAAAGCUUUUAUUAUGCGUGAGCUUCUAUCGGUAAUGGUGCCAAGUCUAGUGAAAGCACGCAAAAUUGGUGCCGCGGAAGUGGGCAUCCAUCCUGCCGCCGGGUUGGCAUCUCUCAGCGGCACCGCAUUUGAUAUCAAUUCCCUGGACGCAGGGCCCGGAAACAUGGAGUCAAGUGUGCGUCUCCUUCUUUCGACCAUUGGAGAAAUAUACGGUGUUCAACCUUCAUCGUUCUACGAAUGGGAGAAGAGACAAAGAAAAUCGUCUGUUGUGAGCAGGCUUCAGGAAAGCGCUGAAUAUGACUCGGUUGCUAGUAUUGCCGAGCGGGCAUUCCGACAUGUAGUUCUUGAUCGUUACGGUGAUCUGAACUUGAAAAUUGAUGUCUUGAAAGCAUGCAUUAACUGCUGCGAAGCCCUUCCGGACUUUAAUGGAGUCCUCCGUUUCACUGUCGAGCUUUUACAGACUAUUCGGGGAGAUAUGAUGCUGGGUGGAGCGUACAGGUCCCCACCGUAUCUACCCCAAGACGAACAAGUUCGUCUUUUGAACAACAUUAAGCGCACAGUGAAUGCAGGCACCAGACUAGGAGUUUCCGAUAUGGCUGCAGAGUACUGGGAUGACUUCCUAGUACGUGAUGUCCAGUUAUUGUCCCUGGCAGAUCCAAAAAAGCCUGUUCGGCGGUCGAAAUCGGAAUUGGAUGCGGUUACCACAAGUUUGGACAAGGUGAAAAAAGAUCCGUUCUUGUACAACCCCUUUGCAAAGCCUACGAGUAAAGCAUUAGAAAUGCUCACUGUUGCUGAUGAACCUGCGCCGUUCCAAGUUACUCUGCAAAAUCCAUACGAAUUUGAGAUCGAGAUUGAACAUCUGCGCUUAGAGGGCAGCGGUGUAUCUUUUGAUGCAGUGGCAGAGAAUUUUGUCAUAGCUCCCCUCUCUGUGCAGGAUGUUACUGUUUUUGGUGUUGCCCAUGGAAAAGGCAGCCUUCAGAUCACGGGAUGUAUCGUGAAAGUACGGUACUGUCGAACGCGAAGAUUCCCCAUCUUCAAGACAUUUUGGAAACCUGAGCCUGAGGUCAAGUUUAAGCGCACAGGCCUGGGGGCAAAGAAGCCUCUUACCGAGCGUCCGCUUUCCUGGAGCUCAACGACCUCCAAGGAUGGCAAGGUUGAUGCCAAAAAAGGUCCCGAAACAUCAAUAUAUGAAGUCAAAGUCAUCGCCAAACAACCCUCAGUUGUCAUCGAAUCCAUGUCUUUAUCGCAAUCGGCGAUGAUGGUCCUUGAAGGGGAAGUUAAAACCUUCACCAUUACACUUCGAAAUGCCUCUUCGUGCCCCGUGGACUUUGUUCUAUUUACCUUUCAAGAUUCAACCACCAAACAGCUACAGUCUGCACUGGACAAUAGAGAUCUAUUGCCGGUCGAGAUAUACGAGCUGGAGCUCAAAUUAGUAACCAAGCCCGCUUUGCGAUGGCGCCGUGAGGGCGGGGACCCUGGUGACUGUUCGAUUGCGGCACACCAGAAGGCAAGCUUUACAGUUGACGUUCUCGGAAAGCCUGGGUUGCAGGACACAACAGUCCAGAUCGACUACUCCUGCAUUGGGGCAGCCCCAGGUGAAUUGCCUGAUAUUUUCUAUACCCGACAAUUGUUUGUGCCGUUGACAGUCACGGUCAAUGCGAGCGUGGAGGUCGCCCGCUGCGACAUUCUUCCGUUCAGCGGUGACUUCGCCUGGAAAAACCAGAUCAAACCACCUGUUGACCCAAUAGAAAAGCUGGAUAUGCUCUCCGCUACUUACAAUGACCCCUUCUCGCAAGUCCUUGGGCGUCUCGGCAAUGGAGCUUAUGGACCUGAUCACUGUGUCGUAUUGCUUGACCUGCGCAAUGCCUGGCCGAGUCCUCUGUCGGUGUGGCUGCGCGUAAGUGAGCAAGUAACAGCAACUAUCCCGCUGGAUGCGACACCAUCGGAUGAUCUUGAAGGUAAGUACUCUGUCGACGGAGACCUCCAACCCGGGCAGGUUUGUCGGUUUGUUCUGGUCUUGCCUCGCGUCUACGUAGACAAUCCUCUUGCCUCCAUCCCCGUCAUCAACACCGGCAUUCGAAGACAAUUUGUCGUCAGCGCCAAUAAAGUAUCCUUCGAAGCCGAGGCGGCCUCGCGUGAGGCCUUCUGGUUCCGGGAAGAGCUCCUCAAGAGAGUCCUCGGAGGCUGGAAGGAACCCACCACAGGUCGCGAGGGAUCUAUUGACCUUCGAAAUGUCCGACUGAACAACCGUAUGAUCGAAUCCAUGCGCCUCGAAGACAUCGAUGUGAAAUUCUCUCUGACCUCGCCAUCAUCUUCACCUGAGACCUCCGACGCUGUCAAACAAAUGGGCCGCUCACGCUUCUGCGUCAAGACAGACGACCUCCUCACCUUAAACGUCACCAUUCACAACCGCUCCUCCCGCCCCAUUCAUCCCCUCCUCCGUCUUCAACCCAGUCUCUGCCACCAACCAAACAACAUCGCCCUAGAUCUAACCCGUCGUCUCGUGUGGACCGGGAUGCUGCAACAAGCACUCCCCGUCCUGGCCAGCGGCGAGUCCACCAACGCCUCCAUUGGUGUCACGGCCCUUUGCCGCGGUGAAUACGAAUUCGGCGCAAGCGUCGAGGAAGCCCGACUCCUACGUCCGUCUUUCGACGAUGACGGUGAUUCCGCUGCUCGCUACAACGAUGAUGGUAGCAUGGAUACCUUCGGUGCGGAUGUCGUACGACGACGACGCAUUUGGCAUGCGAAGGAGCUGUGUAUUAUCCAUGCGAGUGACUCAUGA